UAGCUAAAUAGCUAACGUUAGCGCAUUGACUAGCUAGCGCCGUGUUAUUGAUAUGAAUGUUGUGCUUGUUGUUUGGUUUGGGGUAAACUGUGUUGCUUCGUUGUAACAUUCACAACAUCCGUUAUAUUUUUGUCGCACGAUGUUUAAUACGGCGAGUCGUUGUCACUCAACCACCUAACCAUAUGGGCUGUAACUAAACAGCGCCUGCUAACAGUACAAAGCUAGCAUGCUAACAACUAGCUGUAACGUAAAUAUCGAUUGAUAGACAACUAAUACUUGAAGUCAGACAUAUAUUUUAGCCCACUGAGUAAUAUCUCUAUAAACCUUCAAACUUAAGUGAUCUAAUAAAUUUAGACUUAGUUGUGAAAGAAUAUGUGUUCACAAAGUAACCAGAAAUAGUUGAAUGGAGCGUAUUAGCUUAAAUCCAAAACGAUUUUAUUAUGACUGCUUAGCUGUAUUUAAAAUCUAUAAACGGGUUUAAAUUAAGUUUUCAUUUAGUUUAUAACAUAUAUAACUGAUGUCUUUGUGUGUGGAUAAUAAUCAUGAUCCACAUUGACUAGUUAUCUUCAUUAAGGAUGCUUAUUUUUUAAGUUCACUGAGUUGUAUCGUAUGUUUAAAAAAAUCAUUGUUAUUAUUCCAGGUUCAGUGACGAUGAAUGAGCAGGAGGGUGGGGUGGUCUCCUUUGAUGAAUAUGUGCGGCAAAAGGCCCGCACUGUGCCUCAGCACAGGAUGAAGGAGUUCCUGGAGUCUCUAGCCAAGGGCCCAGAGGUUCUGCAGGAGUUCAGCCAGCAGGGAGGGGCAGUCACCACUACAGCCAUGGUAUACCAGCAGCAGGAUGCCAACUGUGUCUACACGGACAGCACAGAGGUGGCUGGUUCUCUUCUAGAGCUUGCUUGUCCAGUGCAGGUGACCUCGACAGAGAUUUCACCCCAAAUGUCUGUGCAUCAAGGGACUGAACAGCAGCUUCAGGUGCAGGUGCAGAUCCAGGAACAGCAAGGCCAAACAGUUCUUCAGGUGGCCUCCCCCUCUCAGCAGAACCUGCAGGGAAUCUCAGCAGCCCAACUGGUCCAGCAUGGAGAGCUCACAGAGGAGCAGCAGCAGCAGAUUCAGGCUCAGUUAGUUGCAGCUGUUGCUGGAGGACAACAAAUCCAGUUGUCAAGUGGUGAGCAAAUCCAGUUACAAGGAGCUCAGCAUAUUCAGUUGCCAGGGGGGCAGCAAAUUCAACUUCAGGCUGGCCAACAGAUUCAGCUACAGGAUGGUCAACAGAUUCAGAUCCAGACCAUAGAGGCCAUGGCUCCUUCCCAGCAGCAGGAGUCUCACAGGGAAGCUGAAAGAAGGCCUGGCACUGCUGCAACUGUUCUUCAACCAGCUAAGAAGCGCAAGGUGGAUGUACCUCUUGCUGUUUCCUAUGCUGUUCCACAGGGCCAGCAGGUGGCUACAGUUCUGGCCAUCCCUCAAGGGCAGCAGCAAAGCUAUGUUUCCCUACGGUCAGAUCUGCUCACAGUUGACAGUGCUCAACUGUACAGCACUACAGGAACAAUUACAGGUCCCACAGGAGAGACCUGGACCAUCCCUGUGUACUCCACUCCACAACAGCAGGGUGUAACUCACAUUGCUAUACCGCAGGAGACCUAUAGCACUGUGCAGGUUACCACCACCAAUGGCAAGGACAAAAUGUCCCCCACUUCUGCAGCAAGAUCUACCGAUGUGGCAGUCUCCACUGCAACACAGGAAGAAAUAGUACAGACCCUGUUCCCAGCACAGUUCAUGAAUGGAAACAUCCACAUCCCUGUGGCAGUGCAGACUGUUGGAGGAACUUACAACACUACACAGUCCGUACACAUAUGGGACCCAAAUCAACAGCAGAGCCAAGAUGGAGAAGGACAGGAGCAGCAGCUCCACCUGCAGGGUCAUGUGGAGGCAGAGGCUGAACCGCCUGCAGAAAUUCUGGUUCCUGUCUCUCUAAAACCAGAGGAGGGUCUGGAGGUGUGGCGCCUUUGGGCGAGCCGAAAAAAUGCUGAACUGAUCAAGCAGGACAAAACAAAACUGGCACCUAUUGGGCGUCGUCAACCCCUGCGUUUUCAAGAAGACUUGGUGUCCAGUGCAGUAGCUGAGCUAAACUUGGGUCUUUCCCUGAUGACUCAGGAGGCACGAGGCUCAGAGGGAGAACACUUUACAUCUGAUGUUCUAUAUUAUGUGUUCUUGUGUAUACAGAAGUAUCUGUCUGAUAAUGGCCGUGUGGACGACAUUUUCUCUGAUCCAUAUUACAGACGUUUUUGUGAAAGUUUACACAAAAUCCUGUAUGACUGGAAACCCAGUGUUCACCCUUUAGGUUAUGUCAUUCCAAGUCACGUGACCGAGGAGAUGCUGUGGGAGUGUAAACAGCUUGGUGCACAUUCACCAGCCACAUUGCUAACAACUCUAAUGUAUUUCAACACUAAGUAUUUCUGCCUGAUAACACCUGAGCAACAUAUGAAAGUGGCUUUCUCAAAGGUGUUGAGACACACAAGGAAGAACCCUGUUAAUGCCAAGGACAAAGCAACCAGUAUUCGCCUUCUCAAAGUACAAGGCCAACACAGUGCUGGACAGAAAGGAACUGAUGACAUGUACGAGGAGCAGAUCGAAGACCCUGAGAGUCCCCUUCGUUGUCCCAUUAAACUUUAUGACUUUUACCUGUUUAAAUGUCCUCAAAGUGUCAAAGGCCGUAACGACGCGUACUACAUGACACCAGAAACUGUGGUGGCACCAAACAGCCCGAUGUGGUACUCCUCACAGCCCCUCACAAGUCAGCAAGUGGAACACAUGCUGGCCCGCAUCAUCGUGGUCAGAGAGAUCCAGGAGAUCAUCGGCAACAGUACAGAAAACACAAGCUAAACUGAGAGGGCUGACAGGACUCCUGAUUGUUGACUAUGCAGUAUCCAUCCUGUCUUUAUAAACCUCAAUAGCUAAUAGCCAUCUAAUAAAAUGGGACAACUUCUGAAACAAUCAUUUUCUUCUGAGGAGUUUCAUGAUUGCACUCACUAGUUUCAGACUUUCUCAAAACAGAAUUUCAGCUGGUUGCGUGGACACUUCUUUUUGGGAAUUUCUUUGUGAGGCAUCAGCUCUGUAACCUUUGAACCUGCAGCUGAGCAAGGUUCGAGUCUCACCGAUACUGCGAAGCAGAGGUGGUACGGUUCCCUGUACAAGUCUUAUCAGCAGUUAUUGGAUCUUUAACAACUUGCUCUCAUGUCUUACUUCUUUUCAAGGUCUCGUUAUGGAUUAAAGCUCCACAGAUAAUCACAGGGACCACUGUUCAGUUUUAUAUGAAAAUGAUUUGGACGAUGUAUCAAUCUGUUUAAAGCUGAAAAACUUGUGCCUCUUUUUUUUUUAAUUUAGGCUUGUGAGUCACUAAGUUGACCUUCAUUAUUCACAAGAUCAAGUGCUCUAAACUGUAAACAUUUUGGAGAUGGGAAAGAUUUUUCUUUCCUCAGGUCAAAAUUAGAGAUUGGAACACCCUUCAAAUAUUUUUUGCCAAUUUAUAUCUCCAUGUAUGUGUGUACAGUAGGUUAUUAAAUAACAAAUGAAAACA